GUUAGCAGCAGCAUGUGUCUGGGUUGUAUUAAAAAUUCCUCUACCGGUGGGUUUGUGUUUGGUCGGUUAUCUAUGCAUAUAUAUAUAUAUGCACAGCCUCUGCGUGAGAUUGUAAGCUGAGAAAACAAGAGAAGAACUAAAGAAAAAUACGAGGCAUACCAAAGUUUUUCCUGCGCAUCGUUUUUAAUCUAUAGCUUGAUGUGAUCGAUCCUUCGCCAUUAGUCUGCUCGGCCCAAUGGACAAACCAAGCAGUCAAGAGCACUAUAUAAGAAACAAGAGCGAUGCUUCCAACAGUAGGAUGGUGAGAUCAAAGGUGACAGUGGAGCUUCACUUUCUACCCGUUGACGUUCUACGCGACAUAUUGUCACGGUUAUCACUCAAGCAAGCCCUGAGAAUGAGCGCACUAUCCCGCGAAUGGUGGCGACUAGGUUUAUGCCACCCCCCCACCCGGAUCUGGUGUUCACUAAAGACACCUUAUUUGGCAGCAAUAAAAUCAUAUACUAUAUUGAUCGGGAAUCCACGGCUGCCGAGUUCAUCACCAGAGUGGAUAAUGUGUUGCGCCCGUUUUGGUCUAGUUCCACCACGACAACUAGUACAGUGGAUAAGUUCGUUGUCGAAUUUGGUCUCACUAGGCAUCACAUGCAUCACAUCGAUAGAUGGAUUAACUUUUCCACCGAGUCAAUGGCCAAGCACAUUGGUCUUGAUCUCAUUGGAUUGAGUGUGUAUGAAGAUGACAAGUACGUUGUCCCGCUGUGCAAACUCAGUGGCCCGAAUGGCUCUUGUGUCAAGUCUCUUCAUAUGGCCAAUGUCUGGUUAAAGCUGCCUCCUAGUUUCUCUGGUAUCACAAACUUGAAGAAACUCAGCUUACAUAUGGUGUCCAUUGAUGCAGACGAUCUCCAAUGUUUGUUGCUAAGUUGUGCUCUUCUCGAGAGUUUAAGACUGGAGGACUGCCCCUUGUCAAGUUUUAGUAUAUGUCAGGAGCUCUGCCUGUUGCAGCACCUGAGUGUGCGCGAGUGUCCGGUGGGAACGAUACAGUUGCGUGCUCCGAACCUUACCACAUUUCAGUUCGAUGACUGCCCGGCGCAAAUUGUCCUCAUUGAAUCUUCGAAGUUGUUAGAAGCAACCUUUGUGUUCAAGAACAUUAGAUACAACUGGUGUGAGGAUGCUUUAGAUUACGUCCUGGCCGAGCUUCCAGCUGCGCUUCCUUAUGUGCAUAAACUCUUUGUACAUGUGCUUGUUGAAGACGAGGAGCAAAAGUUCAGUAAAACCCACACCGCCUUCCUCCAUCUGAGGUAUCUGAACCUUAACAUUGAUAUCAUAGACACUCCAGAGGAUACUGGCUGGGUCACAAGGUUUGUCAACCUCUUGGAAUUAGCUCCUCUCUUAGAAGAAUUGGAACUACAUAUAUCAUCUUAUAAAUCUGAUGAAGUUCCUGCAACUGUAAGGAUAUUGACUGAUCUGCCAGGGCCUCUGCAUCGCCAUCUCAAAAGUGUCCACGUAACUGGAUUUUGUGAUCUGGUGGGGAUUGUUGAGUUGGUGCUCUACAUCCUUCGAAAUUGUACUGUACUCGAGCGUAUGGUGGUAGAUCCAGUGAUAUGGAUGUACUGUGGAUAUCCAUAUACUGGCCAAUUCUAUUCGGUCAGCAAGGCCAAUAGUAGCCAGGAGUUCGCUCGACCUAGUUUUACCAAGGAGGAAUUGCGGCCGGCCAGGGAGUUUGCGAGGAAACACCUUGACAAAGUCGAGUUCCGUCACAUCCUCAUGAUGUAUCAUGAUAGAUUUUGCUCUGAUAAUCCGAGGACAGUGAUGUCGGUUCAACGGCCUCUGCAUUAUCACCUUAGGAGUGUCUACAUGUCUGAGCUGGUGCUCUACAUCCUUAGGAAUGAUAUCCUACUUCCACGUAUGGUAGUAGAUCCCAUGGCAGGGAUGAAGGAUGAUUCGUUUACGAAACGUUUCUGUUCGGUGUUCGAGAAGUGCAGUGCUGGACGCAGUGGCAUCUGCACGCACGGCAUCUACGGCGCCAGCGACUUCGCGAUUCGAACCAGGGAAGCACGCUAG